GUUGAUUGGCAAUUUUGGACAAAAAUCCAUCAACCGUACACCCAUAUGGCGAACUUCGCGAUUUGGCCUUAAUUACGUCGCCAUAUCCACUGGCGCCGUUCUGCCGCAAGUAGUGACCUCUAGCCCUAGACCGGAUUUUAAGCAGCAUGACAUUUCGGCUGAUGAGACCACCCAGCGAGCGGAAUGCCGCCAACGUUUUGCCGUGGAUGAUGCUGUGUUGAUUUUGGCCCGCAAAAAGGCCCAACCUGUCCAACGUCAUUCUCCACUGAGGUGGCUUUUCUGCAUUCAACCGCCACCUAAGCCCCUUGGACUGGUAUGGGCCCCUAACUUGAAGCUCUGGGAAAUAUACAUGACAACUCACACACAAGACCCUAAAAUCCCGUA